AUGUCACCGAACCUUGUGUCCCGCCAUUUCAGACAGAUUCCAGCCACUUUGUUUUGUUUGCGUUCGCCCAACUGCCCAUGUUGCCAUUACCGACGCCCCGGGAUGACGGCCUGUCCCGACGAAACGCCCAAAUCUGUCUGGGAUGCCCAGAGGGUCUGUUGCCUGCGCCGAGAAGCGAAACUUGAUGUCUUGUUUAAGUCGUCGUUUGCAGAUGACUACUCUUCACUGCAGCAGCCCAAUUUGACAGACGACGUUGCCUUAAUUGAGCACGAGGAUAGCCCACGCCUAAAGUCUGCCUUUGGGUACCACGGCGGUUUGAGCGUCGAGAAUCUUCCGGCCGCGGCGGGACUCGAGCUCGGCCCCAGCUCGACUUGA